UGAUGGACUUAUAGAAGAAGAGGCUUCCAGUGUGAUUGGGCGGGCAUUAUCCAGCCAAGACAUGUGCCAAACUUCAAGAGGAGAAGACUUGAAUGUAUUACAGUCAAUGCUGACAUGUGAAUUCUGGUUACUUUUUCUUGCGGUAGCUUGUGGCUUGGGUUGAGGACUAGCCACAAUAAACAAUAUAAGCCAAAUAGCAAGUUAGAUUGGAUGUUCAACCAAGGAGACAAGUAGCAUGGUAUCCUUGUGGGGCAUAUGGAAUUUUCCCGCCCGUUUUGCAAUUGGUUACAUUUCAGAUUACUUCCUCCGUUCACGAGGCUAUGCACGGACAUUGUUCAUGGUCUUAACUCUUGCUGUUAUGAGCAUCGGGCAUGUAAUUAUCUCGUCCGGUCUUCCUGGUACUCUGUAUUUGGGCUCUACAUUCGUUGGUUUGCGCUAUGGUUCAUAUGUGUGCUAAUGCCGGGCAUCUCGUCAGAAAUCUUUGGUCUGAGGCAUUUUGCUACCAUUUUCAACCCCAUUGCCAUAGCAAGCCCAAUCGGAUCUUACAUCCUUUCUGUUAGAAUUGUCGGGUUUAUAUACGACAAGGAAUCUUCGGCUUCUGCAAUUCACGCUUGCAUCGGGCAGCAAUGCUUCAUGUCAUCGUUUCUGAUAAUGGCAUCGACUUGUAUUCUUGGAGUUGCAUCCAGCAUGGUUCUGUUUUUCUCAGAACCAGAAUGUUAUACAGUCAGGUUUUAUACGCUGGAGUACAGUCUUCUUAAUUUGAUCCCAUGAAUUAAUUCAACGGUUUUCUUAUCCUCUUUAUUCUGUCAAUAUGGUGCGCAAAAGCAAUUAAUUAGUUAGUUGAUAAAUUUUAUUGUCCAUAAUGUAUAGUACUAUAUAUCUUGUAAUUAAGAUGAUGAUAUUUGUUUAUGGCGUUUGUCAUUUUUAUUCAA